UGCGUGUCUCUCAGGGACUUAAGGGCUGGGUUUUGUUGAAACAAAACGUGCUGCUUUCCUGAGACGACUGUCCCAUUCAGAAAUGAAUAGCGGUGAAGCUGCCCCUCAGGGCAAAGAUGCGUUUUAUGGUCUUUUAGAGAAACAUAAGGCUCGCCCCUCUCUGCCAGGCGUAGAAUGGGCCAAGAAAAAUUGGCAUAAUUUGCAAAGUGUAACAGACCGAGUAAGCGCCUUGCAAAAGGACGCAAAACUCCGGCCCGGAAAGGGUAAAUCGAUUGCGGCGGCCAUACCGGGCGCCAGCUUGGCUGCUGCAGUAGAGGCUGGAGAACAAACGGCUGAAUCGCGGUUCAUACAAACUUUACAAGACCUGGUCCGAGCUCUGCAGGACCAGGUAGUUAACUUAAAAGAACAGUUAGACAAAGAGAAAAGUCAGGCUAACUACUUGCAAUUAGCCCUGAAAGAGCAACUCCUGGCAGAGAAAAGCGCCUCUCCGCCGUCCGAGAAAACAAUUGAAUACCCCCACAAUGGCCUGGAAGAGGCGAGACUAAGGUUAGAAAAAUUAAAUGUUCCUGCCGCUUCUCUCCGACCCUUGAAAAAAACUGAAUAUACUUACAAAGACGGAGAGGACGAAUUCCCACCAAAGAGGUUCCGUACUGCUACGGAAUUAGCUAAACUUAAAAAGGAAUUCGGUCGUACUCCAAAAGAAUCAGAAACCGAAUCUGUUUGGAGAGUAUGGCUGUCUGGGGGAGAUAAAAUUUUACUAAGUGAGAAGGAAGCUGAGGGAUAUUGGGGGCCGGGAGUAUUUUUAACCACCGGUAACCACCGCGCACCCUGCGCGUUAACUCAAAGAGCAACUUACUGGGCUGGAGGACUUAACCCUUUGGAAAGGGGAGAUCCCCUCUCCAUCACAGGGACAGUCGACCCGUUGGUAGAAAAUGUACAGAAAGCGGCAUGUCUGCAAAUGAUGUACGAUCGGGAACUUAAACAGGAGUCCCCGAUGAUGAUACCGGUCGAUCCCGAACAUAUGACUCCCCUUAUUCGGGGUCUCCCCGACUCCUUGAAAGCCGUGGGGAUCCAGUUGCAGGGAAAGAGACAAGCAACACCCCAAAGUGAAAAGGCCAUUGCUGCCCUGAAGGGACUGCUAUCACCUGAUCGAAAGGCAGAAAAGAAAGUAUGUACAUGGGGGGAAGUUGCCCAGGAAUUGUAUGGUCCUGUCAAUAUUUCUAGUAAAAUUGAUACUAAGGGACCGAGGCGAACUAGAGGUGAAACCGCUCCAUGUCCGACUAAUGGCAAACGCCCGUCACCCCCUAAUUGGCCGGGAGGCAGAAAUGUUCCUAAUAAAAGGCAAGAGUUGUGGACAUUGGGGUGGUGAAAGGGUGUUCCUAAAGAUUUAAUGGGUGGAUUACCCACUGAUGAAUUGGAAAAGCUGGUGUUAGAGUGGCCCGAAAUAAACCCCAUGGGCCCUAAAGGAAAGGAAACGUGA